AUCCUAUAAAUGCAUUGCCUCUUUUAUCAUCUCUAGUUUGGUGCAUUAGAAGCCUCAUAAUAAAGAACAAACGCAACCAGUUAUAUAUAAGAACUUCCACUGAAAUGGUUAAAACAAAACCCAUUGGAAGAGCAGUAUUUUCUUUGUUUCUUAUCCCACUGAUUGUAAAGUACCAAGCAGCGGUUGUGGACAUAAAAACUAAAGGUGCUAAGGGCGACGGCAAAACCGAUGAUGGCCCGGCUAUUAUGAGCGCUUGGAAAGAAGCAUGUGGAGGAUUAUUAGGUGGAGGAUUAUUACCAGAAACGGUUUUAAUUCCACCAGGGACUUAUUUCGCAGCUCCUAUUCAACUGAAAGGUCCAUGCAAGGGUCCGAUUGAGAUCAAGGCCACCGGAGCAACUAUCAAAGCCCCACCGGAGGUUGCAAAAUUCAAAACUGAUGGUUGGAUCGAGAUCGAGGGUGUCGAUAAGUUGACGAUGACUGGUGGUAAUUACGACGGCCAAGGCCAGGCAACUUGGAAGAGUAACAACUGCGCCUCUACUAGAGUAUGCAAAUUACCUGCUAAUAUCAGAUUGACUAACUGCAAGAAUGCAGUGGUGAAAGACUUAACAUCCACCAACAGCAAAUUCUUCCACAUGAAUAUAUUGGGUUGUGACAAUAGCAACCUUGACCAUGUUACCAUUAAUGCACCUGGAACUAGUCUCAACACGGAUGGAAUUCACAUCGGGAGAUUAAAUGGGCUCAACAUCACAAACACAAACAUCAAAACAGGUGAUGAUUGCAUUUCGUUUGGAGAUGGAAGCAAGAACGUCCAUAUCGACAAAGUGACAUGCGGACCAGGACAUGGCAUCAGUAUUGGAAGCCUCGGUAGAUACCCAGGCGAACUACCAGUUCAAGGAAUCUGGAUCAAAAACUGCACCAUCACCGGCACUGACAAUGGAGUCAGGAUCAAGUCCUGGCCAGCUGGCACACCAGGCACCGCCAGUGACAUGCAUUUUGAAGAUAUAAUCAUGCAAAAAGUAGGAAAUCCAAUACUGGUCGAUCAAGAAUAUUGUCCUUCUGGUAAAUGCCAGAAAGGACCCUCAAAAACCAAGUUGUCAAAUGUGAGCUUUAGGAAGAUCAAGGGAUCAUCAACAACUAAGGUAGCGGUGAAGCUUAUUUGCAGCCCGGGGACAUGCGACACUUUUGAGAUUGCUGACAUCAAUUUGCAAGGACCUGGAGGACCUGCCACCUCUGAGUGUAAAAACAUCAAGCCCAAAGUCGUUGGUCAAGUCGUACCCCCGGCUUGUCCUUGAGUAUUUGUGGAAUUGUCAUAGGAAAUAAGAGGAUCGAGUCAUUCGCGAACUAUAUGGAAAGGAAUAUACUUGUUUGAAAGUAUAGCGUCGUGCUUGAAAAUUCCCUGCGCGAUAUUUGUUUUGUUGACUUUUAUUAUGGAGUGAAUUGGUAACUAAAAAGAUUGUUGGGUGCAUUAAUUAGUAAUUAUAUACGUUGGAACUAUAUUGAUAUGCUUUAUGAAUAUAUUUCUUAAUUGCUUAAUCAGUAUGUCACAUGAUGGAG